AUGGUAAUUGUCUGCAAAGUCCAAUGGAUACAGCCUUGUCAAGGAACGAAAGCCGAGCCGAGCGAGAAAGCCGAGCCGAGCGAGAAAGCCGAGCCGAGCGAGAAAGCCGAGCCGAGCGAGAAAGCCGAGCCGAGCGAGAAAGCCGAGCCGAGCGAGAAAGCCGAGCCGAGCGAGAAAGCCGAGCCGAGCGAGAAAGCCGAGCCGAGCGAGAAAGCCGAGCCGAGCGAGAAAGCCGAGCCGAGCGAGAAAGCCGAGCCGAGCGAGAAAGCCGAGCCGAGCGAGAAAGCCGAGCCGAGCGAGAAAGCCGAGCCGAGCGAGAAAGCCGAGCCGAGCGAGAAAGCCGAGCCGAGCGAGAAAGCCGAGCCGAGCGAGAAAGCCGAGCCGAGCGAGAAAGCCGAGCCGAGCGAGAAAGCCGAGCCGAGCGAGAAAGCCGAGCCGAGCGAGAAAGCCGAGCCGAGCGAGAACGCCGAGCCGAGCGAGAACGCCGAGCCGAGCGAGAACGCCGAGCCGAGCGAGAACGCCGAGCCGAGCGAGAACGCCGAGCCGAGCGAGAACGCCGAGCCGAGCGAGAACGCCGAGCCGAGCGAGAACGCCGAGCCGAGCGAGAACGCCGAGCCGAGCGAGAACGCCGAGCCGAGCGAGAACGCCGAGCCGAGCGAGAACGCCGAGCCGAGCGAGAACGCCGAGCCGAGCGAGAACGCCGAGCCGAGCGAGAACGCCGAGCCGAGCGAGAACGCCGAGCCGAGCGAGAACGCCGAGCCGAGCGAGAACGCCGAGCCGAGCGAGAACGCCGAGCCGAGCGAGAACGCCGAGCCGAGCGAGAACGCCGAGCCGAGCGAGAACGCCGAGCCGAGCGAGAACGCCGAGCCGAGCGAGAACGCCGAGCCGAGCGAGAACGCCGAGCCGAGCGAGAACGCCGAGCCGAGCGAGAACGCCGAGCCGAGCGAGAACGCCGAGCCGAGCGAGAACGCCGAGCCGAGCGAGAACGCCGAGCCGAGCGAGAACGCCGAGCCGAGCGAGAACGCCGAGCCGAGCGAGAACGCCGAGCCGAGCGAGAACGCCGAGCCGAGCGAGAACGCCGAGCCGAGCGAGAACGCCGAGCCGAGCGAGAACGCCGAGCCGAGCGAGAACGCCGAGCCGAGCGAGAACACCGAGCCGAGCGAGAACGCCGAGCCGAGCGAGAAAGCCGAGCCGAGCGAGAAAGCCGAGCCGAGCGAGAAAGCCGAGCCGAGCGAGAAAGCCGAGCCGAGCGAGAAAGCCGAGCCGAGCGAGAAAGCCGAGCCGAGCGAGAAAGCCGAGCCGAGCGAGAAAGCCGAGCCGAGCGAGAAAGCCGAGCCGAGCGAGAAAGCCGAGCCGAGCGAGAAAGCCGAGCCGAGCGAGAAAGCCGAGCCGAGCGAGAAAGCCGAGCCGAGCGAGAAAGCCGAGCAAGAAAGCCGAGCUUGUUUCAUCGUACCUCCAUUUGUCAGUGGUAACGCCACUUCACUCGUGCUCAUGCUUUUUGGACGUCAUUACUGUUAA